AAACGCAAGGAGCUUCUAGCGGAAUUUCCCCCUCUUCUCUCCACAAACAUAGUAAAAGAUACUUCUAUCCCAUCCGAAAACAAUCCUCCUCCUGUCUCCAAACAGAAAAGAUGUUUGUUUCCAACUAUUCAUGACUUUCCUACCAGCUCGCUACCCCUGUCCCCACGGACUCACGCCUCCCUACUAAUGCUAAAAAGCGCUAUUAAUCUCACCUGUCCAAACAAGCAUCUUCUGGCUGAUACUGCAAAUCCAACGGUUCAAAUUCAUCGUGCGAUUUAAAGUAUAAUCCACAACUAAAUCCUUCCCGUUCACUUUCCUUUCUGAAAAAAUAGAACACAACAAAAUUUCAUGAUAGAUCCCCUGAACUCGGGUGUAUCAUAUCAUUUUCACUUCACCUACUAUAAAUAGAUUCUCCGUUUAACUUUCUGCUUAUUAUUUCGGCUCAAAAAACACAUUGUCCUAAAGAGAAAGAAAAAGAAACAAACCAAUAAAUCAAAAUAUUAAAAAGGAGACUUUAACCUAACAAGCCUUUCUAUUUACAUCUUUGAAUCGAUUUGUAAAACAGAAUUUAGGAUCAAAACGAAAAAAAAAAAAAAAAGAGAGAACAAAACAGAAACGGUUAGCUGCUCCGGAAAUGGCGGACGCGUUUUGUUCGGACUGCAAGCGGCACACGGAGGUAGUUUUCGACCACUCGGCGGGUGACACGGUGUGUUCGGAGUGUGGUUUGGUGUUAGAGUCGCAUUCGAUCGAUGAGACAUCCGAGUGGAGAACCUUCGCCAACGAGUCCGGCGAUAACGAUCCAGUCCGUGUCGGUGGUCCCAGCAACCCGCUUUUGGCGGAUGGCGGUUUAUCUACCGUUAUCGCUAAGCCUAACGGUGCUUCUGGAGAGUUUCUUUCGUCCUCGUUGGGUCGGUGGCAGAAUCGUGGCUCGAAUCCGGAUCGGGGGUUGAUUCUCGCUUUUAAGACAAUUGCUACCAUGUCUGAUAGGUUGGGUCUUGUCGCAACCAUCAAGGAUCGAGCCAAUGAGAUAUAUAAGAAGGUGGAAGACCAGAAGUCUAGUAGAGGAAGAAAUCAGGAUGCAUUGUUGGCUGCUUGUCUAUACAUUGCUUGUCGACAAGAGGACAAACCACGCACUGUGAAGGAAAUUUGUUCUGUCGCCAAUGGAGCCACAAAGAAAGAAAUCGGCCGAGCAAAAGAAUACAUAGUGAAACAACUGGGAUUGGAGACGGGUCAGUCUGUGGAGAUGGGAACCAUACAUGCUGGUGACUUCAUGAGGCGUUUUUGUUCCAAUCUUGGUAUGAAUAAUCAAGCAGUUAAAGCUGCCCAAGAAGCAGUUCAGAAGUCCGAGGAGUUUGAUAUAAGGCGAAGCCCUAUAUCAAUUGCUGCUGCAGUUAUUUAUAUUAUAACACAGCUUUCUGAUGAUAAGAAGCUGCUUAGAGAUAUUUCAGUGGCAACGGGAGUUGCAGAAGGGACAAUCAGAAAUUCAUACAAGGAUCUUUAUUCCUAUGUGUCGAAAAUAAUACCAAACUGGUAUGCCAAGGAAGAAGAUAUCAGGAACCUAUCCAGUCCUUAAAAAAAAAAAA